AAAAUAAUCAUGGAUUGAGACAGAUAUACUUAUCAUUCUUUUUUUUUUCUUCUAUAUUUUAGUUAAACAACUUCCAUUAGUUAAACCAUAUUUACGUUCAGUACAAAAUAUAAAUAAUAAAGCUAUUAAUGAAGCACUUAAUAAUUUAUUAAUUGAAGAAGAAGAUUAUCAAGGUUUAAGAAGUUCAAUUGAUGCAUAUGAUAAUUUUGAUAAUAUAUCAUUAGCACAACGUCUUGAAAAACAUGAAUUAAUUGAAUUUCGACGAAUUGCUGCUUAUCUUUAUAGAGGAAAUAAUCGAUGGAAACAAGCUGUAGAAUUAUGCAAAAAAGAUCGAUUAUAUAAGGAUUCAAUGACUUAUGCAUCAGAAUCACGACAAAUUGACAUAGCUGAAGAAUUAAUAUCUUGGUUUCUUGAUGAAAAAUUAUUUGAAUGUUUUGGUGCAUGUUUAUUUCAAUGUUACGAUCUUUUACGUCCUGAUGUUAUUCUUGAACUUGCAUGGCGUCAUGAUAUAAUGAGUUUUGCAAUGCCUUAUAUGAUUCAAAUAAUGCGCGAAUAUACUACAAAAGUUGAUAAACUUGAACAAUCUGAUCAACUUCGUACAGAAAAUGAAACAGCUAAUGAACAAAAACCAAUUGAUUUUAAUUCACAAGGUACAUUAAUGAUUACAGGACCUGGCAUGAGUGGUUUUCCACAACCAGGUUUUGGUACUGGUGCUUAUCCACAAUAUGGUGGUGCACCAGGUUAUUCAGGAUAUUAA